AUGGCGGUGGGGACUGUGGUAAGUGUGCGUGGGCUUCCAUGGUCACUUGCAGGUCGCGAGAAGUCGAAAGCCACACAAAAAUGUAAGUUGUGGCUUGUGAGGGCUGCUCUAAGCCACCCUUCCGUGUCCUUCCAGUUGAAACGCAACACUUCUUUGCUUUGGCAACGUUCGUAUAAAGGAGGGAUGGUCGCAGAAUCGCUAAUACAGACGUUGGCAAAUGAAUUGAAGGUGUCACCAGCCGGCUUCCGAUAUGGGUCGAAAUCUCUUCCCGUGUUGGGUUCUGUUCAUGUCAUCUUUGGACUCCCUUCAAUAAUACAUACGUUUUCCAAGAUGUGGUUUGUUACUGCAAUGAACGGAAGACAUGUGUCCUUCGACUCGCUGUAUCGAGCUCUGGUUCCAGAGUUCAGUGUGCCAAAGGGCCGAUUUCCUGUCAUUUUCGUUGCUGUGAACAUCACACCUGGAGCCGUUGAUUGGAAUAUCUCGCCAAUAAAGGCGAAGGUGCGAUUUAAGGAUUUAGAGACCGAACAGAGCGUUGUUGACGCUGUAAUCAGUGUUGCAACCGAUCUCUUGCAGAAAAUGCCGGACUCAGCCUUUUCUCGCGGGCAUAAUUUAGACUUUGACAGUUCCUCUCGAAUGCCUGGACCAGUCCCAUUACUAUUCUCUACAGUUUCUACAAGUGCCCAUGACCAGCUGCCCGACGCGAGUCAGGAAAACAAAUCCAUACAUGAAAGCAUUCGAGCCAGUAUUGUCAGUAGUUUGGGGCGAAAUGCACAAGUUGUGACGCAAGUAUUAGGAACAUAUAUUCUUGUUGAACGCGAUGCUGGAAUUCUGUUGGUGGAGCAACAUGUCGCACACGAGCGAAUUCUCUAUGAAGGAUUUCUUGAGGAGUGGAGGUUAUCAUCAUGUGUGGAAUUGAAGACCCCUAUUCAGCUUCCAUGUUCCAUUUCCGAGGAGUGGGUUUUCAAGCUUACUUCAAUGGGAUUCAACAUCGAGCAAUCAAUUGAUUCAUAUUCUAAAGAGAAUAAGUCGCAGAACAUAAUCCAUUCCGUUCCAGCCGCAUUUAGUACGCUGCCUCCGUCGGAAAGGCUCCCCAUGAUACUAAAAUUGUGUUCAAAUGUGAGCACAAUGGAGGACGCAGCGGCUGCUUUGGCCUGUAAUAUGGCCAUAAGAAAUGGGACCGCCCUCACUCAUGGGAGAAUGACGUCUAUUGUGGCAAAACUUAUGGAAUGUCGAAAUCCUCAUACCUGCCCUCAUGGAAGGCCAAUUUUUGUUGAAAUGAGCACAGCAACAUUGGCGCGCAGCUUUAAAAGAACGUGGACCCCCGAACGCGUGAUCAAACCUCAGGCUGGAACCCCUCCGUUUAGUUCCAAACGCUGGGAUAAGGGAAUGCUGCCAGAAUAA